AUGCCCAACCGAGGACAUCGUUCAGCAGGCGGCGUGACUCGCACACACGCGCGCACAAAUUCGGGCGGGUCCUCGAAAUUAGGUCUUAACCUUCAACUUACCCAGAAGGAUGUGCCGCCUCCAAGACUUCCUGACAAAUCCAAGAAGAACGCUCAUAUCCAUCACGAGCCGACCGCCCGCAGUUCUGCCCAAAUCUCGCGAACAGGGAGCAGCCAUCGCAUUCCUUCACGAGAACAUGUCCAGCCAGCACUACUACGACGUGCACCACCACCACUCACUGCUGGUCGUCCUCCGAAUGGCAGGCAGAAGGUAGACUUCAGGAUAUCAAGCCCGUCAGAGGGAGAUGAAGAAGAUGAAUGGGUGUCGAGCGAGAGUGGAGCCGCCACUCCCAACACUGCCAGCGCAGAUUCCGAUACCGAGGAAGCCAGAACACCCGUUGAGCCGACCAAACCAUCGCUUCCACCCUUGAGCCCUCACGUCAACGGAUUUCUUAAAGAAGACGUUGAGACACCGAAGGCAGAGAUGCCGCCCUUACCCCGCGCUGAUACUUUCAUUCCCUCCCAACCUUCGUCUCCCGCCCCUGCUCCCCGCGAUCAUUCACAGCAUCCAUUAUCACGAACGUCAAUUCAUCCACAGCAGUCAGAGUGCAAUGAUCAGCGUUUUCCUCAAACAGAGCGGAUGUCCGAGCAGUCCGUGCCCCCGUUCACUAAAGCACGGUCUGAGACACAUUCCCCGUCUCGCAGUUCCUCGCCUCCCAAACGCCAGUCAAUGACAAGGCCUCCCUCAACACACUCCGUAGCGAGCAGAUUCGACUUACCACUCCUGCGACCACAUCCGCUUAUUCGGGGACAUUCGUACGGCUCCGGCGCUUUCACGGCAACACCCGCGCCGCUGGCACCGUUGACCAUGGUUUCGUCAGAUGCUGCACAGGCUCAGAUGUCUACCGCAUCGUCACCUUCCAGCUUGCGGGCGGGCUCGCCCAGCAGCAUUAAGACUGCCUCAGCGUCUCCAAAUCAAUCUUCGCCUUCAUCAUCUCAGGCUCACAGACAGCUACGGAGGACAUCGACUUCCUCGGUUCGUUCUACUGCCACGGUACCUGUACAGUCGUCGGCCAGCCAGGCGCAACUUAACAGAUCGACCCACGAUCGACAACGCACUCUGUCUACGAUCUCCUCAAACUCGUCUUUUGCAGCAUUAUCCAAUGCCCUUCGCUCUACACCGUCACCCCCGCGUACCCCAGUCCAAUUCACGUCACAUUUCUCCCCAGUUGAGCAAAGCGCCGGUCUUGAGGCGGUGCAUCCGCUCUUACCCCCUCCGUAUCUCAGCGCUCAUAUCACAGUGCUGGCGUAUCGCAAUCCUAUCGCAGAAUCGUAUGACCGAGUCAUUCGCGCUAAGCAAGCUCGAUAA